GUUAAGCCUAGACUGUUCUCGCAAAACUAUGCGUCCUAAGCUACGAGUAGUCCCUCUUUCGCUUAUUCCUUCGAACUUGACCGUAAGUGAACCUUGAGGAAAAAAUGGCCGCGCGAAAUCCCGGGACCAAGAAGCGCGCGCUUCUCGCCCCCAGGAUUUUGUACGACCAUUUUUUCCCGCGGUUUUGUUGUGCGUCAAUCACGACGGACUAAGCAACAGAGGAACUACUCGUGGUCUACAUGUGUCCAGACAAUCCCAGCGAGCUACCUAACGUUAAAGUUGUUCUCUUGUUUACGGCUGCCCUUGUAUUUUGUUUCAGGUGCUGUUUUGUGCCGGUGCGGUGAUUGUUAUCGGUUGUGCCACGUGGUUUUAUUUCACCCCCCAGUCACAAAGAGAUAUGAUCUACGCGCCAACAAUCAUCAUGGGCGCGGGAAACUCCAUGAUGUUAGUGACGUCACUUGCCAUGGUGGCGGAAAUAAUCGGUGAUGACAAAAAAUCUAGUGGUUUUGUGUACGGUGUUUGUGCUUUGAUGGACAAAACAUCCCUUGGGUUUAUAGUGUUAGGACUGCAAGAAAAUUAUCCCGAAACAAAAGGACCCUGUGGCGAACCUUGUGCCCAGUACCUCAGAGGCGCAUUCUCGGUAUUUCCUGGUAUCGAGGCUCUGGUCGCUUUCUUGAUUGUAGCCUUGUUGUAUCGUCCAUCUUCCAACAAAAAUAUGAAACGACGAAUGACCAUUUCAGGUAAAGAGGAAGUGUACAUUGACGAUAUCGACUUUAAAGUACUGCCUUAUCUGAAAUCGACAGAAGUAUAACACUGCAGUUAACACCUCUCCAGACAUCUACUGCAGUUCCGGUUCACGUGAUCAGAGUGUGUUGUGAAUGUGAUGAGUGCAAAGGGCAAAGAGCAAAGAGCAAUCGCGCGAUUGCGGCCUAUGAACACGUGGACCUAGACAUACGCCUCAAAGGCGAAGUACCAAUUGAACAUCUAUAGCAAAAAAAAAUGAAUUUCAAUUUGGGACAUUGCUGGUGUUUUACUCGUAAUAUAUAAAAACCUUUCGAAUCAUGUUAAAGAUCAUUUUUAAAAUUGAAGACAGAAUUAUUUAUACCUCACUGGAAAAGUCAAACGGCUCGUACCUUUUUAGAAAAGAGGAUUUUUGAAUUGAAAUUGAUAAUUUAUAUUAUGGGUAGUUAGUUAAUAUAGUGGUCGGGUAACUUCAAAGCCCUUGUUAUCGUUUUUACACAAAUACAUUGGUUUGGUUAUGACUAGCACAAGUUAAGGUCUUAAGUUUUGAAUAAUCGAACACUUGCAGAUAAAUGCAAAACUAAAGGAGUAACACAAUCAUUUGCGGUGGUCAGUAUUUAAUUCUAGUUUUUCAAGCCCGAGCAGAUGAGCCAAUCAGCGUGGCGUGCCUCAGCCAAUCAAAUGCUAUAAAAAGAUGAAGAUUGGUCCCAGUCCGUUCUCCUCUUGAUUUUGUGGUUGUUUGGUUUCUUGCUGCCGGUUAACAAUGUUGUUUUGUUUUAGUUAACAAUGUCUUUGUUUGUAACUGAGUUUUAAUCACUUUGGUUAAUUUAACUAAAGGGGUGUGUCGCUUAUGUGACAUGUUCUCAGUCAGGUCGUUUAUAAGAAUCAAGUUACCACCUCUUGGCAUCACAAUCUUGCCCAUUUUCAACAUCCGUAUUCCCCUUAAACAUCUACAUAGAUGCUUCUCCUCUGUUGUGUCAAAUACAUGAAGGUUUCCCUUGAUUCUGAGACUACUUUGAAUGUGACUCAAUAGCUGACCCAGCCUAUUUCAUUUAAAGUUCUUUCAUACUCAAAUAUUUGGUACUUAACUUUUUCAACUCUGACAUAAAAACUACUUGUAUUGAAAAAAAGUGUGGUUUCAUAGCGAAGGGUGUGUACCGGUAAACUUAAUUAAAAGAGUUUGCUAAAAUAA